CGCUGAGGUCACGUGACCAGCAGGCAGCAGAUUUGAAUUAUAUGCGAGGUGUGUUUUCUUGUUGCGGUUUGAAAACAGAGCAGAAAAGAUUUGGCACUUUCCGGAGGAUUUUCAGUUUUGUCAUCGCACUUUAAUGUCAGACACGUUCCGUGGCUGUGGGAGUGAUCUGGACCGACGAAGCGACCAGGAAGAUGGAAGACUGUGCAGCCGAACAUCUGUUCCUUCUGCAAGACGAGAAGUUUGAUUUCGACGUUUCUCUUUCGCCUGCCAGCUCGAAGGGCGAUGAAGAUGAAGACGAGGUGUUUGUGGGUCCCGUCAGCCUGAAGGAGCGCUGCGUCUCCGUCGGCAUGGUUACCCGCCUGGAUGGGGGCGGAGCCGGCGUGCAGGGCGGGUGGAGCCCGCUGAGCGGGGAUCAGCUGGAGGCCGUGUGUCAGGAAGCCCACAGACUGGCGGGGCAGCUGCAGGGCAUCGGCGCCGUCGCCACGGCGCCCGCGGACGAGGAGUUCCUCCAGGACGCCCGGGCCCAGCUGGGAGUCCUGCGUCCCGCCGCGCUCAGCCCCAUCAAACGCCAGACCUUCUGCGUGCGGGACAGUCCCAUGAAGACGCUGCCGCCCGCCAUCCGGCGCCAACUGCUGGGGGGCGGCUCCGGUCCCGGCACCGCUCUCCCCGCCCGCCGGGCCUCCACCGCCAGGCUCAACACCUCCAGUCCCGUGGCCGGGGUCAAAGGUCAGCCGAGGCCGGUGCUGCGGGGGAAGGCCCCGCCGGGCAUCGCCGUGGUGCUGCCGAGCAAACCCGUCGCCCCGGCAACCAGAGGCCGGGCGGAGAAGAGCCGGCUGCCGCCGCCGCCACUAAGCAAGGCGGCGGUUCUGAAGCGAAGCCCGGCGCCGCGUCCCGCCGCCAGGGCGCCGUCCUGCGAGGACCUGCUCUCCGACUCGGCCAGCGUGGCGUCGGACGUGAGCUGCGACUCGCUGAACUCCAGCCUGCUGGGGAAACGCCCGCUGGCCCCGCCCACCAAGGGCGUCAAAGCGAGGAACCCGUCGGGCGUGAAGGCCUCGGGUCCGCAGGGCCGCAGGGCGGCGGACAGGAAGAAAACGUCGUCAUCCUCGUCGUCCAUGUCCAGCUUCAACUCCAGCCUGUCCGCGUCGCCCACCAAAGGUAAGCUGAACUCCUCCCUGAACCCCGGCCCCGCUGGCCCCGCCCCCAGCGGCGUCGGCUGGCCCCGCCGCUCCACCGCCUUCACCGCCGCCGAGCCGGGGCCCUGCGCGGCCGGACGCCGCUCGCUGUCCGUCCAGUCCAAGAAGGCGUGCGACGCCGAGCGGGCCAGAGCCCCCAGGUGCACGCCGCUGAAGAGGCCGGAGGCCACGCCCCUCCAGCCCACGCCCCCCCGGAGGCUGCCGGCCAGGCUCUCCUCCGUCACCUCGGAGGCCGCGGCCCGGCCGCAGGGCGACCUGAGGGCCAGACCCAAACCGGAGGCGCUGGUGCUCCCCACACCCGGGUCAGCGGGCAGGGGGGCGCGGCGGGGAGAAGAUGUGUUGAAGGCGUUGAGGCCGACGCGGCUGAUGUCCACCAGCUCCGUCGACAGCCUCCCUCAGAGACCGUCUGCUGCCCCCCCGACGCCCCUGCAGACCAGGGCUCGGCGCCCGUCCGCCCUCCCUACGCCGGUGAAGCGCAGGCUGUCGACCGCCCCCGGCGCCGCCAUCGCCACCCCCCCGGCCGGCGAGGCCGCGGCCGCCCACGGUGACGGACCCCGACGGCAGUCCCCGCCCCGGCUCAGACGUGAAACAGGAGCCGUCCCCGAUCCACCGCAGCGCGAGCAGAACGGCGUGAAGCGUCCUGAGGUCCCGCCCCUCCGUCUGGAGGGGGAGGAGUCGUCCGUCAGCCCGCCGCCCGACACCCGGCAGCCCGGCCCGCCGGAGAGCCCGGGUCGGGGGCCGGGGCUCCAGACGGGCCCGGGUCCCGCCAGGAACCUGAUCGAGCUGGACUCCACGGAGGAGAGCACGGGCAAGACGCAAGAGGUCCUCCUCCUAGACCUUCCCACUCCAACUCUGCGACCCCAAGAGAAGCUGCUGAUCGACCUGAGAAACACCCCCGACUUGAUCCGCACCAACUCCAAGACCUGCAGCUCAACGCAGCAGCUGAUUGAUUUGAGCUCUCCUCUUAUCAAGUGGAGUCCAGACGACAAGAAAGAGAACAACGCUCCGCUCAUCAACCUGUCCUUCUGAGCCUCUUCAUGGAUCAAUAAUUCUCUACUGAAGCAAAGUAUUAAUGUGUUUUUAAAUUAUGAAAAUAUCUGAAUGAAUAAAUCUUGGUUAAGUUGUACAUAUAA